AAAUUUCGUUCUUUUAGCGCGUAAAGGUUAUUUUCGUUUCCUUUUCCUGUAAUUUUCCGACCAAAUUUCUUUCCACGUACAUGAUUAUUAACGUGAUUCCUCCUCCUCCUCCCCCCUACAAGAUAACUACUGUUUCCUUUCUUAAUUCUCUCAUUUAUUUCUCGUUCUUUCGUAACCAACACAGCCUAAUUAACUGUAGAGAAAAAGAAUAUACAAAGUUCACUCUUUUCAAAGCAAUGGAAUCUCACAAAUUCGGCAUGCUUCUACCUUUCUUCCUUAUUCUAUUUGUGGGGGCAACAGCAAUAUCAGACCCUGGUUUUUCGCAACCUGCUCGUGCGACGUAUCAUGUGUUUGUGAAUUUCAGAGGCAAAGACAUCGGCCCAAAUUUCCUUAGUCACGUGAUUCACGAAUUUUCUCGAAAGCAAAUAUUUGCGUUUGUGGAUUACCAACUUGAGAGAGGGAACGAACUGUCCCCAGCACUUGUUGCUGCAAUUGAAAGGUCGUUAAUCGCACUCGUCAUUUUCUCUGUCAACUACGCGUCCUCAUUUUGGUGUUUGGAGGAGCUUGUCAAAAUAUUGGAGUGCAAAGAGAGACAAAAACUGGUUCUGAUCCCUGUGUUCUUUAAUGUUGAUCCUUCCGACGUGAGACAUCAAAGGGGAACCUAUGGAAAUGCUCUAAUUCAACACGAGAAUACGUAUGGUUUGGCUAAGGCGGACACGUAUAGAUCCGCAUUGAAAGAUACUGCUAAUUUGAGUGGGUUUGCCUCAACCAAUUUUAAGAAUGAUGCGGAGCUUCUUGAUGAAAUCACCAACUGCAUUUUGAUGAAGUUGAAAGCGAUGCACCCAAUCAACUUUAAAGGACUUACUGGAAUAGAAAAACCAUUUGAACAUAUAAAUUCAUUGUUACACCAAGGGUCAAAUGACGAUGUCCGUGCUAUUGGAAUUUGGGGUAUGGGUGGUAUUGGUAAGACAACCGUAGCAGAAGAAGCAUUUUACAGGUUGCGUUAUGAAUUUCAUGGUUCUUGUUUUUUGGAAAAUGUAAGGGAAGAUUCGGAAAGGAAUGGAAUAAUUUCUUUGAAGGAAAAGCUUUUCUCUACCUUAUUAGAAGAAGAUUUGAAAUUUGACACAUCAAAUGGUUUGCCCGCUUAUAUUAGGAUGAGACUUGCUUAUAUGAAGGUUCUUGUGGUUCUUGAUGAUGUGAAUGAUUCACAUCAAUUAGAAAUUUUAUUUGGAGAUCAUAAUUGGUUUGGACCAGGUAGUAGAAUAAUUGUAACAAGCAGAGAUAAGCAAGUGUUGAUUAAUGAUGUUGAUCUUAUAUAUCAGGUUGGGGAAUUGGACUUUGAUGAUGCAUUUACGCUGUUCAACUUGAAUGCCUUUAAACAAAAUCAUCUUGAUGUCGAGUACCACGAGUUAUCAAAAAGGGUGGUAAAUUAUGCAAACGGAAUUCCAUUAGUUCUUAAAGUUUUGGGUGAACUCCUUCAUGGAAAAGAUAACGAGUUAUGGGAAAGUGAGUUAUACAAGCUUAAAAAGUUUCCCAAUAAAAAAAUUCAUAAUGUCAUGAAAUUGAGUUACGAUGAUUUGGACAACCAGGAGCAAAGAAUAUUUUUAGACCUUGCCUGUUUCUUCAGUGGGUUGAUUUUGAAAGUGAGUUAUGUAAAAAUUUUGUUGAAAAAUAGUGAAAACGAUAAUUCUGUGGCUAUUGGGUUAGAGAUGUUGAAAGAUAAAUCUCUUAUCAGUGUAUCCAAAGAUAAUAUUGUGUAUAUGCACAAUAUUAUACAACAAAUGGGUCAAGAGAUUGUUCGUCAAGAAUCUAGUAAAAAGCCUGGUGAUCGCAGUAGAUUAUGGGAUUCAGAUGACAUUUAUGAAGUACUGAAAAAUGAUAAGGGUAGUGAGGCCAUUAGAAGCAUAAGGGCACACUUAUCAGCAAUUACAAAGCUGAAGCUAAGCCCUCAUGUAUUUGUGAAAAUGAGCAAUGUACAAUUCAUGGAUUUCCACAGCGAAAAUGAUCAAGAUGGCUUGGAUAUUCUUCCUCAAGGACUUCAAUAUUUGCCAACUGAGCUGAAAUACCUUCGUUGGAUAAAUUACCCACUGAAAUCAUUACCUGGGAGUUUUUCUCCGGAAAACCUUGUGAUCUUGGACCUGUCAUAUAGCCACCUGGAAAAGCUAUGGCAUGGAGAGCAGAAUUUGGUGAAUUUAAAACAAGUUAGACUUUAUGGCUCCAAAUAUCUGAAGGAAUUACCUGAUUUUUCAAAAGCCAUUAAUCUGGAGCUGCUUGACGUCCGUUUCUGCAGUCAGUUAACCAAUCUAACCGUAUCCAUUUCCUCUCUUGAUAACCUUGAGAAAUUGAUUUGAACUUUGAAGUCACUUACCAAACAUACAAAUGACGCCAAUGUACGGGAUCAAUUUAAGGAAAUUGAAUUUCUCCAUCAGAAAAUAUGGAGACCAACAUCGAUCUUCCUGUAGAGAUUAGAAUUUCUCUGUAAUUGGGGUGCUCCCAAAAGUAGCAAUGUGUGUUUGAUCCAUGAAAGAACUUUGAGGAAAGGGUCAUACUUACUAUCACUCAUGAAAUGGAAGUUGGAAAUCUUAGAUUAUUAUACAUAUACGGUGGUAUGUAUACUUAGGUUAUGUGUAAUAAUAUUGUGUUUAGGGUGUUCAUUUUGACUUUAAUUGUAGACUUGAUAAAUGUUAGAUCCUCUAGACGAUUUAAGGUCAAGUUGGGUAGAACUCAAGUGUUCUUUUACUCACCAGUGUAUUGUGAAAGAUAAAACAUAUUCAUAACACACAGUAGUAAAAAAAGACUGUAUCAUCAGUUCCAUCAUAAGUUCUGUGGCAAAUUAUUUUACAGAAAAUAA